GGGUGUCCUGUCCUGGGAAUUGUCCCAGUAGGUGAAGCCUCGUGGGGAGGUGUUGGUUUUGAGGUACGGUGUUAGGGAGAGGAGCCAUUUCUUACUUUUAACAAGAACCCUUCUCAGAGAUGCACCCCCACUAUCCCUAAAGUGACAUUCACCUCCGCCCUGGCUGGCUCCUAAUUCACCAGUUCCUGCAGUGACAGCUGGAGGUCCCAGGGGAUGAAGUUUCCCACCCACUCUCUAUCCUGGUGUCCCACCCUCCCCUCUCUCCCCAGAGAAUCCCUGGGUUCCUUCAUUCCCCCAGGAGAGGACACUGGUGUGCUCUGGGGUGUCGCUGCUAAUGGUCUAGGGCUGGCUCUGAGACCUGCCCGGUGCUUGAAGACAUGAAUUCUUGGGGUCCUCGCCUUCCAAAGUCUCUGCCUUCACUACCUGGGGACAUCACCUUUGCAGCUCCUAGGGAGAGGGUCUGUGGCCUGAUCCCCAAGAGGGGCUACUCCCUGUUGUCAUGAGAGAGACCCUGGAGGCCCUCAGCUCCCUGGGAUUCUCUGUGGGACAGCCAGAGAUGGCCCCCCAAAGUGAACCCAGGGAUGGGUCUCAUAAUGUCCAGGGGCAGAUGUCCUCCACCAGGGCAGACAGAGCAAUGAGCACACACUCAGGACACAAGUUUCCUGGCCCAGAAGAUGAUGCCCAGACUGAACAAGCCGAGGCUCCCUGCAGAGGUGACCAAAUAUGCACCCCACAGAAGGCUGAGCCUGUGGGCUCCUGCUCCAGUGAUGAGUGGAUGAUUCGGAAGGUGAAGGUGGAAGAUGAAGAUCAGGAAGCAGGAGAGGAAGUCCAAUGGCCCCAGCAUCUAUCGUUACUUCCUAGCGCCUUUCCCACCCCCGAACUGGGGCAUCUGGCAGCCGCAUACAAACUGGAGCCUGGGGCCUCCGGGGCAUUAGGUGGACUGGCGAUGUCCGGCUGGGUCCCAGAGAAGCCCUAUGGCUGUGGGGACUGCGAGCGGCGCUUCCGGGACCAGCUGACGCUGCGGCUGCACCAGCGGCUGCACCGCGGCGAGGGCCCGUGUGCCUGUCCCGACUGCGGCCGCAGUUUCACGCAGCGCACCCACAUGCUGCUGCACCAGCGUAGCCACCGCGGCGAGCGGCCCUUUCCGUGCUCUGAGUGCGACAAGCGCUUCAGCAAGAAGGCGCACCUGACUCGCCACCUGCGCACGCACACUGGUGAGCGGCCCUACCCAUGUGCGGAGUGCGGCAAGCGUUUCAGCCAGAAGAUCCAUCUGGGCUCACACCAGAAGACCCACACGGGCGAGCGCCCCUUCCCCUGCACAGAGUGUGAGAAGCGCUUUCGCAAGAAGACGCAUUUGAUUCGGCACCAGCGCAUCCACACAGGCGAGAGGCCCUACCAGUGCACACAGUGCGCGCGCAGUUUCACGCACAAGCAGCACUUGGUGCGGCACCAAAGGGUGCAUGAUGCUGCUGCUGGCCGGGUCCGGCCCUCCCCUGAAGCGCCAGCCUCGCCCCAGUCUCCCUCUAUGUCCCCCGCACCGUCCCCACCCGGGCCCAAACCGUUCGCCUGCUCCGACUGCGGCUUGAGCUUUGGGUGGAAAAAGAGCCUUGCCACACACCAGCGUCUGCACCGCAGCGAGGGUAGCCCCUUUGGGUGUGACGAGUGUGCCCUGGGUGCCAUCGAGGACCCCACAGCCACUGAGUCGUUUCCCUGCGGGCCUGGUGGCCCGGGCUGCAGCCCAGGCCCUGGCCCUGAGGGCCGUCGCUUCGGCUCGAGGCCCAAUCUUGUCGCCCACGCCAGGGCUCACAGCGGUGCCAGGCCUUUUGCCUGUGCCCAGUGUGGCCGUCGUUUCAGCCGUAAGUCGCACCUGGGCCGCCACCAGGCCGUGCACACGGGCAGUCGCCCCCACUCUUGCGUUGUCUGUGCCCGCAGCUUCAGCUCCAAAACCAACCUGGUCCGCCACCAAGCCAUCCACACGGGCUCCCGCCCCUUCUCCUGCCCACAGUGUGGCAAGAGCUUUAGCCGUAAGACCCACCUGGUGCGGCACCAGCGCAUCCAUGGUGAAGCCGCCCUCCCAGCCUCCGGUAGGGACCUGGCAGCCCCAACCUGGCCCACUCCCACUGAGGUGGCGCCUACCCGGCUCUUCUGAGCCUGUUUUCACCGGGAUCCUUUCAUAGCUUUCAGAUUCGAGAGCCUUAUGCCCUGAGACGUGGCGUGUCAACGCUAUGGUUUGGACUUCUGCCAUUUUCGUGCCCCCCUCCCCCGUGUUCAGGCAAAGUCCACAAAAAGUCCCCAGCUCUGACGUGUAAAAAAGAAGACACAGAGAAUCCUUGCACAUGCCCCAUGGAAAGCAGACCUUCCUGGGCCUGGACAGAACAUGGCCAAGGCAGAUGGACCAGGAACCCAUAAUAGGAGAAAAAGAAUGGUUAGCUGUGUUUUCAAAAUGUCAUUAAAAGAGUUCAAAU